AGUUAGAUUAGAUUAGAUGCUCUUUCUCUUUUUAUUUUAUUCUUAUCUUGGUGGACAAAAAGUUUGUAUUUUUUUCAGGCACGUUCUCCUUUUUAUCUCUGUUUAAAUUUAAGGAGAGAGAGAGAGAGUGAAGGCUAGAGAGAGAAGCACUUCAGCUGUUUUGGAUCUAUGUUUCUGUGAGAAGGAAAGACAACAAAAUUUGACUGUCUCAACUUGUGUGAAAAAAUAAAAGAAAAAAAUGUGUUACAUGGUCUUAACUCGUGUUCUGCUUUUGUUUUUUCUUGUUUGCUGGUUCAAUUUUUAAGGCGCAGUUUCUGGAUUAAAAUAGUUCUCAAAGCACUCCAUUUUUAAAUGUUCUCAAUGACCAGUCAGAUUUUUAGUAUAUUCUAUUCCUUAUUCACAUGUUAGGCCUCUCUUUAAUUCACAUAGCUUGUUUUUGCUGACCCCUUUUUAUAUUUUAACUUUCAGUUUCAAUUUUACAUGUCUUCGGAUACCCUAUAUUGACUAUUAAACUCACAUGUCUUACUUGUGUUUGAGACUCUCAGCUGGUUUUUAAUCAAUUAUUCAAAUAAGCGCCACCAGAUUUUGCAUUUGACCAAGGAAUGAAGAUCCCAUUUUUCUAUAAAGAAGUGUAAAGUGGGCUAAUGUUUUGACCUGAGAGAAAAGAGAAUUUUUUGAUGAGAUAAAGUUGUUUACUAAGUUGAUCAAACUUGAAACCUCAGCAAUAUGGUGUGAGAUCUAUAUAGUUGAAACAGACAGAAGGAAUUUCGAUUUUUCGCGUUAUUUUCGACACAGAUGUCUGUAUUCUGGAAUUGAGGAAAAUGGGGUGUUGUGUCUCAACUAGUAGUAAGAGUACUUGUAGCAGCCGGAGCAAUGGAGAGAUGGCGAAUCCAUCUUGCUUAGAAAUCGGAUGCUGUGUGCAUAAGAAAGCAAGGAGAACCUUCUCUGAUCAUGUUAUUUCACUACACCAUUUGGCGUCGUUGCCGAGCAGGAUUUUCACUAAUGGAAAGAGUAGAGCUUCUUGCAUAUUUACGCAGCAGGGUCGCAAAGGGAUCAAUCAGGAUGCAAUGAUUGUGUGGGAAGAUUUUAUGUCUGAAGAUAUGACCUUUUGUGGUGUCUUCGAUGGCCACGGUCCACAUGGUCAUCUCGUUGCGCGCAAAGUGAGGGACGCCUUGCCUUUGAAAUUGCUCUCAUUUCUGCAUUCUUCUGAAUCGAAGCGAAACGGAUCAGGUAAAGCUUGCUUCAAGGGGAAUGUAAAACCGGACAAUGGAGACUCUCAGAGUCAGAAGGAUUUAUCAGCCGAGGAUAAACUGAAUUCAACAUGGAGAGAGGCUUUCAUGAAGGCAUAUAAGUCUAUGGACAAAGAGCUCAGGUCUCAUCCGAAUUUGGACUGCUUUUGUAGUGGGAGCACGGCUGUCACUAUAGUGAAGCAGGGCUCAAACUUGUUCAUGGGAUAUAUCGGGGAUUCUCGAGCAGUUAUGGGAUCCAAGGACAGCAAUGACUCCAUGGUGGCAAUUCAGUUGACCAUUGAUUUGAAGCCCGAUUUGCCAAGAGAAGCAGAAAGAAUUAAACGGUGCAAGGGAAGGGUGUUUGCUUUGCAAGAUGAGCCUGAGGUGCCAAGGGUAUGGUUGCCUUUUGAUGACGCACCGGGAUUAGCGAUGGCUAGAGCAUUCGGAGAUUUCUGCUUGAAGGAGUAUGGUGUGAUUUCCAUACCUGAAUUUUCUCACCGGCUGCUUACUGACAAAGAUCAGUUUGUUGUUCUUGCCUCAGAUGGUGUCUGGGAUGUUUUAAGCAAUGAAGAGGUGGUUGAGAUAGUAUCUUCGGCACCAACACGGUCAUCAGCCGCAAGGAUUCUGGUAGAUGCUGCAGCCCGGGAGUGGAAACUUAAGUAUCCGACUUCAAAGAUGGACGACUGUGCCGUGGUCUGCCUAUUUUUGGACGGUAAAAUGGACACAGAAUCCGACUAUGACGAACAAGGCUUCUCUUCUGCAACCCUCCAGAGCAAUCAUUCUGGAAACCCGGUCGAGUCAGACGACGGCCUAAAAUCCGAGCCAUCUUUGCAGAGGAACUUCACAGUUAGAUCCUCAGAGGAAAAUGAGCCUAAUAAUGGAGUACAAUCCAUUGAUGUUGAAGAUGGAGCAUCAUCAGCUGAUGAUCAAAAUUGGUCAGGUUUGGAGGGUGUUACUCGUGUGAACUCAUUGGUCCAACUACCUAGAUUUUCAGAGGAAAGGCCAAAAUCAUGAAAUUUGUUGCUUUAACUAAUGGAGAUUGUUUACUUUAUUCAGCAAAAGAAAAAAAUUUUCUUGCAAGUGAAAUAUCAUUUUAUUUC